AUGGAGCUUUCGUCUCGGAGACGCGAAGCUGUGGCAGCUCGCGCGACACCCUACGAUAGCUACAUUGAGCUGUCGGGCAAUCUCCAGGAGGGAACUAAAUUCUACAACGACCUCACCCAGCUCCUGGUCGUAUUCCAGAACAAGAUCAGCGACUUUGUGUUUGCCCGCAAAACGGAAAAGGAGGAGCUCAUGAAGGACCUAACUACAGCGUCGAGCCGACAAGCUUGCCCGGCUACGCCCUCUCUGCCCUCGCACUAUGCCUCCACCUCGGGUAGUGGCAGCGACAUUCCAUCCAAUCCAGCUGGCUCUGCUCCCAGCGUACCGGCUGCGGCAGCUGCUGCCAAUAUGCCGUAUCCUAACCAGGUACAUGGCAUGCCAGCCCAGCCAGGAGUUCCAUAUCCAGCGUAUGUUCCGCCACCGAUGCCCCAGAGCUUCAAUCCAUACGCCACGCUCCCAUAUCCUGGCAAUUGUCAGUAUAGCCCCCCGCUAUCCACAAGGACCACCACCUGGGCACUAUGGCACCUAUCCUGGCAGUUAUGCUCCCCAACAGCAAGGCGGCUAUCCCAACCAGAAGCCACCAGGAUGGUAAACCGCAUCCCACCCGUAUUUAUACCCACACUGUGGUUUAACCAAGGCCUCUUCGUUGAGUUCCGGAUCGUAGAGAAGCGGCGAUUGGUGGUCAUGGCAUUUAAUGCUCUGUGUUUUGUUUCUGUUCCGGCUUUCGUUCGUUUGCUUACAAUUGUAUCAUACAUGUUGAUGGCUUCUUGGAUUUUAAUCUCAUAUAUGCAACAAAAAUAUCACGUAUAUAGUCUCCGAAAGAACUCUCGUUUCAUGCCCGCAAUGGUGCGUGGGGCACACAUACUGCUGAUGAGCAGUUCCAAUGUGGAGCUGAUCGGCAAACUCUCAGUAGCAGUUCUCGUCUUUGUUUGCAGCCGUGCCGAACGGUGA